UUGGUGUGGAGUUGAGUCCCAUGGCUCGACCCGGCUCCGGGGUUCUGGUGUCGCUGGGAGGAGGAUACUCGUCUCAGAGCAUGGCACGGGUGGUGGUUUGGGAAUGGAUGAACGAACACGGCCGAUGGAGGCCGUACAGCGCCACCGUUUGUCAUCACAUCGAAAACGUCCUGAAGGGAGACGCUCGUGGGACCGUCAUACUGGGACAGGUGGAUCCGCAGCUCGCGCCGUACGUCAUUGACCUGCAGUCCAUGCAUCAGUUCAGACAAGACACGGGCACAAUGCGUCCCGUCCAGCGCAAUUUCUACGACCCGUCCUCGUCUCCGGGAAAGGGCAUCGUGUGGGAAUGGGAAAACGACUGUGGAUCCUGGACUCCUUAUGACAUGGAGUUGUGCGUGAGCAUCCAGAACGCGUACGAGAAGCAGCACCCCUGGCUGGACCUGAGCUCGCUGGGCUUCUGCUACCUGGUGGACUUCGACGGGAUGUCCCAAACCAACCGGCAGAGUCAGAGAAAGCGGCGCAUUCGUCGGCGGAUGGACCUCGCGUAUCCGCUAAUCGCCGGAUCAAUCCCCAAAUCCCAGUCCUGGCCCGUGGGCACCAACUCGGGAACCCCGUGCACAUGCCAGCAAUGCAUGCUGGUCCACAGCACACGGGCCGCGUCAAACGCCAUCUUGGCUCUGCAACAGAGACGGCGACUCUACGGGGCGGACCCGGCGACUGCGGUCGUCAGGCAGAGCAACACCUUCGCUGGCUCCUCCCUCUGGUCGCCCACGACGACUGUUGCUAGGGGACACCAUAACAACAUAAAGGUCGGUGGAGGUGGAGGUGGGAAGAUGGAGAUGAACGGGGGGAGUUUCUCGUGUGUUCCUGCGCUCGUGACGCUUCCCACCAAUCACACGCUUACUAUUAACGGCCAGAAUAAUCUGAACCGGCCGGGAACGCAGCGGAUCACGGUGACGACGAGCAGAGGAUCCAUUCCCCCAGGGGUUCCUGCACUCCCUGUGAAGAAUCUCACUGGACCGGGACCCGUCCACCCGGCCCUAGCAGGAAUGACGGGGAUCCUGCUGUGCGCGGCCGGCCUCCCGGUGUGUUUGACCCGCGCCCCUAAACCCGUCCUGCACCCGCCAGCGCUCAACAAGAGCGACAUCAAACCAGUGCCGGGAAUCAACAGCAUCCGACGCAAGACCAAGAAGAAGCACCUGCGCAAAGGUAAAAACCCCGAGGAUGUCGUUCGCCGGUACACGGAGAAAGUCAAAGCGGCUCCAGACGAGGAUUGCACGAUCUGCAUGGAGAGACUGGCCACAGCGUCCGGAUACGAGGGAGUGCUCAACAACAAGGCCAUCAAACCCGAACUGGUCGGCAAACUGGGAAAGUGUGGCCACAUGUACCAUCUCCUGUGUCUGGUGGCCAUGUACAACAAUGGCAAUAAGGAUGGCAGUCUGCAGUGUCCCACCUGUAAGGCCAUCUACGGGGAGAAGACCGGCACACAGCCUCCUGGGAAGAUGGAGUAUCACGUCAUCCCUCAUUCCCUGCCGGGACACUCCGACACCAAGACCAUCCGCAUCGUCUACGACAUUCCUGCGGGAAUACAGACCACGGAGCAUCCCAAUCCUGGGAAGAAGUUCAGCGCGCGGGGAUUCCCUCGACACUGCUACUUACCAGACAACGAGAAGGGCCGGAAGGUGUUGAAGUUGCUGAUCGUGGCGUGGGACCGGCGACUGAUCUUCACCAUCGGGACGUCCAGCACCACAGGAGAGACGGAUACGGUCGUGUGGAACGAGGUUCACCACAAGACCGAGUUCGGGACCAACCUGACGGGCCACGGAUACCCCGACCCCAACUAUCUGGACAACGUGAUGAGAGAACUGAGCGCUCAGGGCGUCGGAGAGGACAACCUGAAGGACUGACACACACACACACCUCAACCUGAGGCGUUUCUGACCGCUGGAGAGACCUCUCAUCGACUGGGAACGAUGGUUCUCGCUGACUCGAGUCAGUCAGGAUCGUGUGAGAGACGAGUGUAUGAUGGAGCGAAGAAAACAACAGUCACAGUUCCUCUCUCUCUAUCUCUAUCUCUCUCUAUCUCGUUCUUUUUUUAAGCUACCCAUAAUGCAGCUGGGCUCAGACCCAAGUGCAUGUGGUAGUUGUAUAUACACACAUUACUGGUUGACCGAUAUUGUUUUCUCAC